AUUAAAUAUUUCUUUGAUAGAUUUAUGAUAAGGUGUUUCAGAAUAAGAUUUGAUUUAAUCCGGGUGAUGUAGGUAUACUUUGUAAAUACGUAAAUGAAGACACCAUAAAUCUUAUAUACAAAGUUGGUCCUAUUAGAUAAGAUUUUUCAAUUUGAUUUCAUAUAUACUUGAGGUAUGUAAUUGUCAUUGGAUUUAUCAACAAGGAUUUCAUGUUGUUUUUAGAGACGGGAUAUUGACUCCAUAGCAAUUGAAAUGCAAACAACGUCAUCAGUUAAUAUUAUAAAGAAGAUAAUGGGUUGUGGAACUUCUAUUAACUCUGUUGUGCCUUUACAAUACUUCGAAAACGCCAACGGAAGUGCAUUGAGGAUUAACUGUCCUGGAAGCGACAUUUUAGAUUAUGUAACAGCAGACGAGAUUAAAGAGGCUGAUGAACGGGUUGAACAGCUGAGUCCUUCCGAAACAUCUAUAGAUAUUUUGUCAGAAAAUCUGUGCCAAAAUACCAAGAACAAAGUAAUAUGUGUGAGGUUAUUCUUCAAAUGGAUUGUGAACAAUAUAAGAUAUGAUCCAACUUCUCAAUGUACGGACGUCAACAGCAUACUUAACAGCAAAAGAGGCUCAUCAGAGGGAUUUGCUAAUUUAUUUGAACAAAUGUGCAGUUUUAAAAACAUAAAGGUGAUACGACUUAACAGUUGUAUGAAAAGUUACAGUUUUAUCUUGGAUUAUGAAAAACUUGACAACAAAUAUAAUGUGCACGUGUGGAAUGCUGUUCUCAUAGACAAUGUUUAUCAUCACGUGGACUGCACGUGGGGUGCGCUUCCGGUUAGUGACCAGAAAUAUGGUACUGAUAGUACAGAACAAUUCUUUUUUACAUCUACGGAUGUUAUUGGAGAUCUUUGUUAACAAAAAUAAAUGAAACUGAGCAUA